AUGUCGCCCAAUGCAGCCCCCGGUCGGCGGCAGCGCAGCGCCGGCAUGAGCUCGGGCGGGGACGUGGACCCGCCCCCCGCGGCGCACAAGACGGCGGUGCCGCCCCCGGCCAUGCCGGGCGGCGCGGGCCGCCUGCCGCUCGACUUCCGCAACGGCGACCUGGUGUCGCGCCUGCUGGCCGCCACGCCGCCCUACCUCUACAACAUGCCGCUCGUGCCGCACUCCUUCUUCUUCAGCGAGAUGCUGCGCAGCUUCGUGCAGGCCAAGGCGGCCGACGUGGGCGGCGGCGGGGGCGGCGGCGGCGGGGGCGGCGGCGGUGGUAUGGGCGCCGGACCCGGCGCGCCCAGCCGGCGCAGCCGCAAGCGGUCGUGGCGGGAGAGCAAGAUGCUGUCGGUGGCGCCCCCGCCGCCCCCGGCGCCGCCGCUGGACAAGCCGCUGGAGCUGACGACGACGUCGCGGCCGCCGCCCGCGCACGGCGCCUGCUCGCCGCGCGACGAGAAGCCGCCACCGCCGUCUCUGUCGCCCGCGCUGCCGCCCCCGCCGCCCCCGCAGCUGAUGCUGCCACCGCCGCUGCUGCCGCCCCCGCCGUCCUCGCACGACUCCUCGCCCACGCUGCCUCCGCCGCCCGACAUGCUGCUGCCCCCGCCACCUCCUAUCUGGUACCCGCCGUUGUACCCGCUGGCGCCACCGCAGCAUCACCACGCUCCGCCGCCGCCAUACGGAAUCGACCCUCUGCACUUCUUCAUCGACCUGCGCGUCUCCGGACACAUAUGGGACAGAAAGGCAGGCGGCCAGGGCUCUGCCGGCGCCAAGGAGGAAGCGCUGUGCGGCGGCGGCGGCGGCGGCGGCCAGCGGCCCGCCUCCGUGGGGCUGGUCAAGCACACAAAGCACUGCUCGGCCUUCAGCGUGCCGCAGCCGCAGCCGCAAGCCCAGCUGCAGAGGGCGUCGCCGCCCUGCCCCGCCAGGCACUCGCGGCGCGGGCCGCACUACCUGCUGCACAACCUGGCGCGCAUCUACAAGGACGUGCGCGGCCAGGCAGCGGCGUGCUCGUCGCCGAUGCGGGAGGCCGCUUCCCCGCUGUCGUCUUCGACGUCGGCGUCGGCCUCCGGGGGCGGCAGCGGGGGCGGCAAGGCCUCCUGCAAGGACCUGCGCGCGCUCAUCGGGCUCGAGCUGGUGGUCGACUACGUGAAGCACGAGCACGGCGGGCGGCGCCGCGGGGGCGACGACGGCUCCGUGCUGUCUGAUUUAUUGUUCUCUGGCUUCCACCGCUGA